UCCACAGUGAACUGUGGAUUCUAUAUCCUCAAUUCCCAUAGAACGUUACCGCUUUGCAGUCGCAAUUGUCGCGGACGCCGAAUCUCUCUUUAAUCUUUCGCCGACGCCGAACAAUAUUCUGAAAAAAGGUGAAAUGGAGGCUCAGGCGGCGACUGCUUCUUUGAGUUCAUCAUUUUCCGUCAAUACCGGAAUCAUUCCCUACUAUUUUUGUCAUCUUCGCUCAAUGAAGAACACGAAUGCCAGAAUCAAGUCACCAAUUCCUUUUUCUGUUCGUGCUGCUGCAGUUAAUAGCAAAGAUAAUGUUGUGACAUUGCUUGAUUAUGGAGCUGGAAAUGUUCGAAGUUUGAGGAAUGCUAUUCGUCUCUUAGGUUUUGAAAUCAAUGAUGUGCAAGAACCUGAUGAUAUUUUGAAAGCAAAUCGCCUGAUAUUUCCAGGUGUUGGAGCAUUUGCAACGGCCAUGAAUGUUCUUAAUGAAAGAGGGUUAGUAGAAUCUAAAUUACUGUUUCUUAAACGGUUUUUUGUUUUAUAUUUUAUUUGCUGCUACACUUGUUGAUAGUUUUAUAAUGUAUGGAUAUUUUCCCAUGACUAGUCGUGAAUAUGGUGCUCACUAUUUUUCGUAGAUAUUUCACUGUGCCUAAUCGAUGUAAUCAUGUUGGUUUUAGUUUGAGUCAUUUCACUUCGGGUCAACUGGUCCAGAAAUGCUCAACCGCAAUCCUUGGGUGUUGGCAUCUAGACUCAGAGUGAUAGUAUUACUCUAUAUCACUUUACCUCUCUGCUGUCAUUAUACCUUGUAUCAGGUCAAGGAAAAGGAUUUGAUGUAGACCUUGUAACGCUCAUCGCUGAUGCUGUUAACAUCCCCGUAAUUGCAAGUAGUGGGGCUGGUGCUGCUGAACACUUCUCAGAGGUUUUCAAGAAAACUAAUGCUUCUGCUGCUCUUGCUGCUGGAAUAUUCCAUAGAAAAGAGGAAGUCGAUUCGUGACCGGGAAUUGAUUAAGACGCUUGCGAGUUGGUUAUCUUGCUUAAGUAAGUCAAGUUGCAGGUCUGGGGAGUGAGGAUUGUCCCUUGAAGAAAUAAAUUAUUAGGGUAGAGAAGUCUUAAUAAGAACUUCAAAAUUUAGUUUAAAAAGCAUUUGGUUUUGUGAGGCGACUCUCGCUCUCAAGUUGUAAUAAGUAGAUUCAACUUUUCGUUUCUUAUCCGCUGCUAAGUUUUUCUUAUCAUCCAGUAGUUCUUAAUAACGCUAAUAGAACUCGAUCCGCACGUUUUUCCUUAGCUUCAAAACCGUUUUAAACUGUUUCUAACAUCCCGGUUUGACUCGGAUUACAGUUUGUUCCGUUUUUAAAAGAUCAUUUUCUCUUCUCGUACGACCCGAGUUAUUCCGAGAUGUUACAAAUUUACUACCCAUAUUAAGACUCAAGAAACUAAUACAAAAUCAACACACAACCCAUAAUU